AUGAACAGUGCGGCAGUAAUUGGACGACAGCUCCGCCAACAACAGACCACUGGGCGAGUGUCGGGACCAUUAGUGCCGCCGCAGCCAUUCAAAGGUAGAGCCAGAACUCCUUCACAUUUACCAGGCCUUCAAGGGGGCAGAACCUACUCACCGGCCGCCCAUUCUUUAGGUCCCGACGCCGACAAGAAAUUUGCUCAGUUCGCGGGCCAACACCCGCACGAGUUUUAUCCACAUCCGGCGCAUCGGGAAAACCACGACAAAGACAAAGAUAACGACAAGAACAAGGAGGACGAGCCCCGGUUGAGGUGCACCUGGCAUUGCUUCUGCAUUGCUCUGAAGGCACUCAGCGGCGGUAUUGUGCUCCUCAUGUUAGGUACGGUCAUGUCUGUGGUCGGCUUCUUCGCCGAGCCGUUAGCUGUAGAUCACGUGAAGUUAGAGAACGGGACAGUAGUGCCGACCAUCGAUCCGGACACCAAACAACACCUCCAUAACCUGACUUAUGUCGGGCCAGUGGUGAUGGGUUUGGGCGGUAUAGUGAUUGUGGCCGCCUGUGUGCUCACGUUUGAAGUGAGAGAUACGUUAGGCGUGAAAGUAGUGCCCGUCAAACCUGAGACCGCCGGGACGUUAGGCGCGUCCACAUCGCUGUCCAGUACUGUAAUCGCCAGAAAGUUGUCGUCCAUAACAACCGAUUCGGUUGGAGGCAAAGGUCGUGCAAACGCCGGCGCCCUAACACUUCCAUUAGCAACGAUAUCAUCGAAUAGUAAUGCAAUUGAAAGCACAAAACGAAUUCAUGAGACAAUACAAGAGACCGUUUUCAAUGACGGCGAACCCAUUCUCGGCUACUCAGCGCCCAAAUCCUCAAAACCUAUUAGCAGUGGUAGUGGUAGUGGAGGAGGAGGUAGUAGUGGUGGUCGACAUCAGCAGCAGGUAAGCAAACAUAGGAGAAGGUAUUCAAUUGCAGAUCAGGUCAUGCCUUGCCUCACAUCUCCUUCAAGUGGGACCAGUCAUCUGUUGAGUCCAAAUAUUGAGACCACAUAUUUCGGUUUGCCAUCGCCUCAAGACACCGAACUCAGCGAUCCCGAGGGCUGCUCUCUGGUCGUCCCCUCGAAGUGGCGGUCCUCCCGGUGCUCGUGUUCCGGCUCUCCAUCGCAUUCACUGAAUAUGGAUCUAUAUCUGGAGGAUAACGACCCUCCGGUCACUGUUGCCAUUGUUGAACACCAGGAGUAUCUCUUGCAACAGAGAUACCGUCAACACCGGGAACUGCCAGUCAGUCCGUUAAGUCGACCCCCGAGUCAACAGCAAUACCGUCGGCCAAAAAUAUUGGCGUCGAUGGAGAGCGACGGCCUGUCGUCAUCCGCUUCCUCUACAAGUAGUGACGAUAUGUUUAUGAGUCAAAAGUCGCAUCAAAUGUGCAAAAACUAUGUCAACGCUCACAACCAAUGCUAUGUCGACCAGAAUCUACAGUACGAUAACAGUAGUGACCAAAUGACUACACCAUUGCUUAGAAACUCAUCGCUCAGCCCAUCGAAAGUGAACGCUCCCAACGAUACCAGUGUUGCCAACAAUAAUGGCCAACAGGCCAUCAGUAGAUCCAACAACAAUGCCGGCCAACAGGCCAUCAGUAGAUCCAACAACAAUGCCGGCCAACAGGCCAUCAGUAGAUCCAACAACAAUGCCGGUCAACAGGCCAUGAAUAGAGUGAACAAUAAUACCGGUGCUAUUGAUAAACGGUUUCCUCUGCUAAGGCAGGGAGCGCUAGGAAAUGGAUCGGUGCCCUCGACUACUAGAUAG